GGAAGGGAUUCAGCAGAGGCAGGAGAGAGGAGAGUGGUGGGAAGAGGGGAAGGCACUGCCGGCCCGAGGCCACUCUGUCACCAGCACCGACAGGCACCACGGACCCGCCAGGGAGGUAAGUGAGGGGCACGAUGAACAUCGAAGUGCACAACAUCACUUACACCAGCGCCACGGUCUCCUGGGCCAUGAACAACCCCUGUCCAGAGAACUACUACCACGUCAUGUACCGCCCCAACUGGAACAGCGUCUUUGCCGGCUAUUUACGCCAGAACUUCCACCGCGAGGAGCGAGUUCCUCACCCCCUCAGCUCCCUCGUCCUGCACCGGCUCACGCCAUCCACCAUCUACGUCCUCUGCAUCACGUGCAAAAACUCUUACCCCUCCAGCAACCACUGCACCACCUUCCACACUCUGGACAAAAUCCCCCUGGUUUUCGGCGGCUCUAAGCACGAACCCAGCACCUCCAUGUGGAUGGUGAGCAGCCUGCUGCUCCUCUGCUUCCUCGCUCUCCUGGCCUACGGCUGCCUGCAGUUCUGGUCUGCACGGUGCCACCAGGCUGCCAGGCUGAAGCAUCCCGACACCAGCCCUGAAGAAGUGGUCGAAGGAAGCAGCUCACCCGAGGAGCCCCUGAAUGAUGGACUGAGGGAGGAGCUUCUGGAGGUCCCCAUGACCACUGUGCUGAUGAGGAGCUCCAAUUUCAUGAGGGAGAGUCCCUAUAGCUCCCCUCACUGCUUUUUUUCCUAUAAAAACAGCGAUGAUAAAAGGGCCAUCUUGCCACAGCAUGGCCUUCAGUGAGAGCAAAAUAAAACAAGAUCCUGUUUAGA